AUGUCGAAGAUCACUCUGCUUAUUGCCUUCAUUUGCCUUUGCGUGGCUGUUCAUGCCCAAAAUGAUAGAGAAAUCUGCCGACGUGUGACUCAGAGAUGUGAGUCAAGGGCUACAAGAAACGGAAGGAACAGCGACGUUUCUGAUAUUUUCAACGACAACUGCCGCCGUUUGAACAGAAACUGGCGUAACAUCACUCGAUGUGAGCUCGCCAGGGCCACUUGUCAAUUGACCCUGGAACGUUGUGACACCUUGUCCUGUGAGAAUGUCAGGAGAGCACUCGAUCGCCGACCCGCCGAGUAAGGCCCCAUACUGGAUUAAAUGGUAUUUGUAAAAAAAGAAUGAAAUCCAAUUACCUGCGA